UUGUUGGAAAUUUGUGAAGUAAUAAUAUUUUUAGUCAAAUACCCAACCUAUAUGGUCUGUCACCACUCACCAGUUUCUAUACACCAGCGCCGGGAACCGCCAUGUUCUUGAAGGUCUUGACUUGAAAUAGAAUUUGCUCUAAAAUUCGAUGAAAAGACCACACAUCUACAACACUCUCACAAAUCAAAAAUGGCGAAUUCCAAUCCUCCUGUCUUCCAUUUUCUCUCUCUUCCUCAUUUUCUCCAUCGCAAUCCAUCAAUCUUCAUCUCCAUCACACCACUUCAGUUCAACAAUUUCCGGUAGCAGUGAUUCAUGGCUUCCGGAAAUCCCUAGGUUUGCGUAUUUGAUUUCAGGAACCAAAGGCGAAGGUCCGCAAGUGAAGCGAUUGUUGCAAGCAGUGUAUCAUCCUCGAAAUUACUAUGUAAUUCAUCUCGAUCUGGAUGCUUCCGAUGAAGAAAGGCUCGCACUCGCUAAAUUUGCGAAAUCGGAAGCGGUUGUACGACAGUUUAGGAAUAUAAUGGUGAUUGGUAAGGCGGAUUUGAUUACUUCGAAAGGUCCUACUGUUACUGCAUCAAUACUUCAUGCUGUUGCAAUUUUGUUGAAGAACGCUAGGGAUUGGGAUUGGUUUAUUAAUCUUAAUGCUUGGGAUUAUCCUCUCGUUUCCCAAGAUGAUCUUUUGCACAUCUUCUCUUACUUGCCUAGAGAUUUGAAUUUUCUUGAUCAUAGCAGUGACGUUGGUUGGAAAGAGCAUCAGAGAGCACGGCCUAUCAUCAUUGAUCCUGGAUUGUAUCAUGUGAAAAAAUCUGGUGUUUUUUGGGCCAAAGAGAAAAGGUCUUUGCCUUCUUCUUUCAAGUUGUUCACUGGAUCUGAAUGGGUGGUUCUAACUAAAUCCUUUGCUGAUUUCUGCAUAUGGGGAUGGGAUAAUCUUCCUCGUACACUGCUCAUGUACUACACUAACUACUUAUCCUCUUCCGAGGGAUACUUUCACACUGUUGUUUGUAAUCACAAAAACUACCAGAAUACUACUGUGAACCAUGACCUGCGGUACAUGAAGUGGGACAACCCUCCUAAUCAGCAACCUGUCAACUUGACAGAGAAGCAUUUCAGCGAUAUGGUUCAGAGUGGUGCUCCGUUUGCUCAUAGAUUUGCUUUGAAUGAUCCGGUUCUUGAAAAGAUUGAUCGGGAUCUUUUGAGGAGAGUAGAUGGUCACUUCGUUCCUGGAGGAUGGUGUCUGGAAAAUUAUGUUCAAGGAAACGAUCCAUGUGUACAUUUUGGGAAUCCAGACACAAUAAAACCAAGCGUGAAUACCAAAAGGUUAGAGAAACUUAUACUUCAGCUACUUGAUCCCGAUAACUUUAGAUCAAAACAAUGCCGAUAGCUUGUAUGAAUUGCAAAUAUGUAUGUAGUUCACCUAAUGACAACAGAAAUCAAAUGUUUGAUGUCCAGAAUUUCCUGUUGAGUAGUUGGCAUGAAAAUGGACCUCAUUUCUUCCAAUCACUAUGUAUAUAUUAUUUGUUGUCAUAUGUUGGAUAAUUCAAUGUUC